AAGCAUACCUAUUCCAACAUGGAAAAGAAGAGCUCAAGGAAAAAAUCAUUUUGUAAAAGUUUUGGAAGUUUAUUUAGAGAAUAUUCAAAGUCCACUGGUAUUCAUGGUGUUUCUUAUAUUGGAGAACAAAGAACGUAUUUUGAGAAAAUAUGGUGGCUUAUAGUGUUCGUUAUAGCAUUAUCAAGUUGUGUUUAUGCUAUUCUAGAAGUUUAUAACAAAUGGAUCCGUAGUCCAGUAAUUGUGACAUUUGCUACCCAAGAAACUCCAAUCUACUCCAUACCGUUUCCAGCUGUUACAAUAUGUCCAGAAGCAAAGGCAAAGCAGGCCUUAUAUAAUCAUACAAACAUAGUAAGAAAAAUUGUGGAUAAAAAAUCUCUAACUGAGGAUGAACAAAAUACUUUAAACUACAUGAGUUUAGUUUGUAAUGCUGGUCCCCAUACACAUAUGACCAAGGGAAAAUUUAUAGAUGAAACCAUUUACGAAGUAUUAGCUAAGGUUAACUUUGGAAGUCCUUUGAAAAUUUGUUACUAUAUGGGCUACCGAGUUGAAUGUAACAAAAUAUUUGAUCCAAUUAUUACUGAUGAUGGAAUAUGUUACUCGUUUAAUAUUUUGGACAAAUCUGAUCUCUUUAAAGAUCUUGUUGUAUCUAAUUCAAAUUUUCACAACGCUAAUAAAACUAAUAAUGAUUGGACUAUAGAAAAUGGCUAUGCUGAACAUGUAGAUAAACAUGCCUAUCCAAGAAGAGCGCUCUUUUCUGGAAUUAAAAAUGGUUUAUCAGUAAGUUUUAGAUCGACCAAAGAAAAUACUGAUGCAAGUUGCAAAUUAGGACUUCAAGGUUACAACGUUUUACUUCACAUUCCAUCAAGAUUACCAUUGUUAAGUCAGGGAUACUUUAGAGUACCGGAUAAUGAGGACGUUAUUGCUGGUGUUACACCGUCCAUGAUAACAACUUCAAACACUCUAAAGAAUUAUGAUGUAGCUAAAAGAAAUUGUUAUUUUUCUUACGAAAAAGAUUUGUAUUUUUUCAAAAUAUACACCGUUAGAAAUUGUAAAGUCGAGUGUCUGACCAACUUUACUUUAUACUAUUGUGGAUGUGUAGGAUUUUACAUGCCAAGAGAAAAUGGAACAAAAAUUUGUGGCAUUGAAAAGCAAAAAUGUAUGAGUAAUGCUGCUGAUAAAUUACAUAUAUUAAACUUGCCGAAUUUUAGCAGCAAAAAUAAGACAAAAAAACAUAAAUUUCAUGGCAACUUCACGGGUUGCGAUUGUUUACCAAUGUGUUCUGACUUAACCUAUAAUGUUGAGUUAUCCCAAACUAAAUGGGACUGGCUUUCUGCUUAUAGAGCGCAGGUUAGAAACGACACAGAUGUAGAUCCAUCUAGUAUAUCUCUAUCCAAAUUAACCAUCUUCUUCAAAACAGCCGAUUUUAUAUUCUCUGAACGUAAUGAAUUGUAUGGACCUUUGGAUUUUUUGGCUAACUUUGGAGGAUUAUUGGGACUCUUUACAGGAUUUUCACUGCUCUCCAUGAUGGAAAUUGUAUAUUUCUUAACAAUUAGAAUAUGUUGUAACAUAAAGCUGUAUGGCCAUUGGUCAGGAAAUGAUGAUUGAGAAUUUUAACAAAUUAAUAAAUAUGUAAAUAUUAGAAUAUAGAAAGUCUAAUGCUCACAAUCUUAUUGAAGGUUUUUAUUUAAACAGUUUUUGGGCGACCGGUUUUGGCGUUUACAGUUUAUACGCCAUCAUCAGGUUCUUUCUACCGAAACUGAACCAGCUAAAAUGAAUAAGCUAUG